CAUAUUGAAGACCUCAGUACUUUUAAACUAAUAACACUUUCACAGCAUCUACUGCCUUUAACACAAGGCGUGUGUACUCAAGCCUUUUCACAGAGUUAAUUCUUUGUUAAUGCUUUUUUCAACUUGCUGUCAAACAAUACCACCAUUUAUUGACUUGAAUAAAGGCAUGGCAUGUUCCUAAAAUUAUGUAAACGAAGUCUGACAGAAGCACAGUGGUGAGAAGCCACUGUUUUGUUUAUGUCUGGUUUGUAUUUCCUAGAGGAGAAAAUGCAAAUGCAUCUUCAUAGGAAUUUAUAGCAUUUUUAAGCUUACAAGACAGCUGUUAGUUUGUAAUACAGCACUGGACGGAGGACACAGGAUUCUUUUUUAGAGGAUCAUCAAUGCAAAGCAAAAUGAACAUAAUCCUUCAUUUGGCUGUGCUGCAGCUGAUGAUAAUCAUAAGUAAUGUAAUGAUCACCAAGUCUCAAGGACAGUGGUACUGCGCUCCUUCGGGGAACACAAGCAACUGCACAAAUUCUAACAGUUAUGUGAACUGUCUUGGACAAAAUGUCUCCUGCAAGGCCUAUUCCUGCGCUCCUCAGAGUCCCGGCUGCUCCUGCAUGGUCGGAUCCUACAACUGUACCAGCGACUGCAGCUAUUCAGCUUCUCUAGAAGUCUGUAGUUUCACUGCAGAUACUCGGCACUGCCUGAAUGAAAUGAUGAAUACUCAAAACAACUUGCAAGUGGCAACUGCAGAAAGCAUAGUGAAUUUUGUUGACCAGAUUGCAAAUAUGACAGGUCUGAUGUCUACAGCAGCGGCAGAAAACUAUUUGAAGGUUGUUGAUGACACCCAGGUAAAGCUUUCAGAUUUGGUCAAAGAUGAAGAUAAAAGUAAACUGGUGUCAUAUGGAAACAGUUAUAUAAAUGCCUUUGAGAUCCUGGUGUCUGCACUGGUGACGCCAACAGAAACUCACAACUUGCUGAACAUUUGUCUCAAUAAUACAGGUAAGAGGCACUGUUUGUAUUUGUGUUUAUGACAUGUUCUGGGAUGAGUCACACUGUGUUAGUCAUAGUCAAAUAAGUUCUUCUCGAGAAGUUUUUGGUUUUUCAUUUAAAAAAAAAAUGUUUUUCUUUCAUAAGCAACUUUCCAAAAGUAAAUUUUGCCGGAAUGCUGUAGAACACCAUUUUUGGCUCCCUAAAAAAAAAAACUUUAAUCGAGCAUUGGGUCUCAUUCACUAAACAUGCAUACGAACAAAUUUGUGCAUGAAA